AAUAUUGACUCUUUGUGUUCACCAUAUCAUAUAUAUGUCUCCUAUCAUUUUUAUCUUUGCUGCAGUAAUCCCGCUGCGGUAAUGAUCUAUUAAACCCAACAGCAAACAAGAAACAUCAAUGGCGGCGGCGGCGCCAGACAGUCACAGUGGUAUGAAGCCACUACAAAAAGCUAUGAAACUCGCCAGUGUGGCCAUACAGCUUGACGCAGGGAACAAUCAUGAGGAGGCGUACCGGGAAUACUUGAGGAGUAUAAACUACAUAUCCUACGCACUUAUGGAGGAUACUUCCGCUCAACAAUCAGAAAUGAUGCCAGUGGAAGUGCAAAAGAUGUUGAGAUUGGCUGAGCAGUGCCUGGAGAGGGUCAAAUCCUUUGCAGGGAAGAUGUUGGAACAGCCUCCUGCCAUGCCCACCCAAACCAUUCUGUCAACCAGCUCCAGCACCACUGCCAGUACACCCAUGGACAAGACCGCUCCCCAUGGGACCUCAACUGUAAGCCUUGAGCCUCCCACCAGGCAUCGCAGGGUUCUCUCUGAGGGUGGCAGAAAUGCCUCUCCAUUCCUCCCUCCAGAAAUCUUCCAGAAACUUCAAACUGCAGAAUCAGAAGAAACAAAGAAGGAGCUGACCCCAAUUGAAGAGGCUUCUCGUCUGAAUCAGAAGUUAAAGGCAAAUUUCGAAGUGCGUUUGGCGCGACUGCCCCCAGGCCAGGCAACUCAGAAGACCUCGUUGACACUGUCCCUUCAGAGGCAAAUGAUGGAGAAUCUUAUCAUCGCCAAGGCCAGACAGGAUGCACUCCAAAGGAAGAUGGAGGAGAGGAGGCUAAGGCUACAGGAGGAGGCCAACAGGCGGUUCGCUGCUUCAGGCACAGUCACUCCAGAGGAGCAAGAGCUGCGUAUCAUGUAUGCCAGCAUUCUAGAAUACGAACAGGACCAUGAUUGGCCAAAGUUGUGGAAGGCCAGGUUGAAGAAGAAUCCUAAUGACAUCAGCCAGGUCUCAGGCUUGGUUUCCUCCCUGCUCAGCCAUCCAGAACACCCAGUCGUAAAACUGCUGAAGAAGCUGCAAUACAGGAUAUAUGAUCGGCUGUACCCCCUAGUGAGUUGCUGUCCCGCCCCUAGUUCCCCAGUGCUUAUGAAAUCGUCACUGAGUGCGCACAGCCUGCAAAGCGAGUCCCAUGGCUUUCCACAGCCUACCACAGCCCAGUCAUGGGUGGGCCUGACGCGCAGCCUUUCCACAUCCCUCUCCCCCUAUCAUGACCACAAUGCCAACCGGGAAGAGGGCCCUCUCAGUGGGACGCCCACCCUCGACACGGAGGACUCCUUCGAGGAUCUAGAACAAUUCAUAAACCUGUUCGACAUGAGCCCCAGGAGUAACCCCAGGCUGGAGAUGGAAUCCUAUAUCUUGGACCUGGAGGACUGUGCAUUAAAGGAACAUCUUUCAGGCAUCGUGAAGGACAUCCACAAUGCCAUUGACCAACUUUCCUCUCUGUGCCUGCUGUCCUUUGAGUGCCUCAACACAGCCGUUGCCAAGGACCAGUGCGUCGCAAGCCUCGAGGAAGCCUUCUUCCCCCCUCUGUGGAGCCCCCUGCUGGCACUUUUCAGGAAGGUUCACAGGGGGAGAGAGUUGUCCUUCGAGACAAGCGUGAAGCUGUUCAGAAAUGCCACUCCCAGCGAGCUUGGUGUAGCUUCAAAACUGUUUCCCAAGGAGACCCCAGUGCAUCGUGGCUACCCAUACGAGUCAGCAGUGGUGGAGCUGCGGCUCAUUUGCAAAGAACUCUGUCCACAGAGGAAACUGGACUGCAUUGUGCGGACGCUACGGCUCAUCUGUGCAUGCGCCGAGGAGUACAGCAGCCUCCAAGAACCAGACGCCCCACCCAGAACGGCUGCCAUCGGGGCUGAUGACCUGCUCCCUAUCCUUUCGUAUGUCGCAUUGCACACUGAACAGCCACAGCUUGUCUCUGAGUGCGCUGCCCUGGAAGAGUUUAUACAUGAGGGGUACCUUAUUGGAGAGGAGGGGUACUGUUUGACCUCUCUGCAGAGUGCUCUGACCUAUGUGGAGUCUCUGCACUCUGGAGGAGUUCUGCAGCAGCAAAGUGCUACUUUCACCUGACUGCUGAAGUUUGUUUGGAUUUUGAAAAUACACAUUCAGAGGGUUUCCAUGGGGAUGAUGGAGAGCUCAACCCAGUGACAGUGAGAGAGGUGGCACUUUGCCAAUCAGGUGAAAUAGGGCUGGGCUUUGCAAAACUUCAAUACACGUCCUCGGGCACGUUUAGGUUACUCCUCUUAGAUCAUUAUCUCCAAAUUUUGCUGACUAAUGCAAAACUCACUAAAACUCACUUGCUAUUGUCAACCACUUAUCCAAGACAGGGUUGCGGUGUUUCAAAACCUAUUUGAGCUAGACUAAGCUACAUUAAGCAGGGUAGCUCAGCCAAAAUGGGUCUCACUUACAUGCAGAAAGCUUUAUCCUUCCCUGAUUGCAACCCCACACAGUAUUCACAUUUUAUGUGUUAGUGACAAGCAUAUGAUGGGUGCAUGUCUGUAUGUGGUCCUGCAGGUGCGGCUGUUCCCAUGGAGAUGUAGGUGCAGAUUCCCAGAUGUCGUGACACAGUUUUGGCAGGGCGAGACAGACGGCUGUGACGUGGCUACGUGUCGGCUGACCCCAGUUUCCACUCCUUGCCAGUGGGGGUCUGCAGACAUGUUUCACAUAACAGGGGGGUGAGCAUGUUCACCCCCAGGCCAGAGAGAUUCAGCUUCUUUUUUGAAAGCUCACAUCCUGCACCCUGUGGUUACUUGCAAGACACAUAACUGCUAAAUCUUGUCUGACAACUGUCCUUCAGCACACUGCGCUCUCGCUGCCAGGUACAGUUUUGCACAGCUGUCAUCGGCUUUCUCAGUGUAGGUCCUGUGUUGUUAGAUCAGUCCAGAAAAGCCAGUCACUGUGAGAGAACUGGUCACCAGUACAGACAUCGCCACUCAACUGUGGAGGACACAGCCAUUUUCAGUCUUUCCAUGUUUUUAUAUUAAAAUGAUGUGUUCAGCUACAGGAAUGAAAUGGCCCACCUAUGACAGCCCGUUCUACUGUUCUUUCCCUGGGAAUCCUUAUCAGACAAGUCCUUUUUUUUUUUUUUUCUCCUUUCCUCUCCUCCUCCCUUUCAAGUCUCGCUCUUCUCCAACAGGACUUUGAUAUCAAAGUUCAUAAAGCUUUAAAGUGAUUAGUAUUGUUUGCGGAAAUAAAUGGCCAGUGUAGUUAAGAGUUGUAUUGUUGUUUUUAAUACCACUACUGCUAUUAGUGCUCUCUCAGCUUCUGAUUCUACUGAUAUCAAUACUCAGAUGUAAGAAAGGAAAGGAUUUGUUAUACGUAUUUAUUAGUAUAUUGGUAUAUGAUAUGGUAUAUGAGUUUUGUAAAGCUGUAAGGGUCUUGUUGAUAAUCAGUUUGAUGCUUUGAAAAUGUGUAAAAAAUUUUGUUUUACGUUUAAGUUAAAAUGGUAAAGUUUGUAUAGUGGGGCAAGUAACCAAUGGGUUUUUUUCCUGUGUGUGUGUGUGUGUGUGUGUGUGUGUGUGUGUGUGUGUGAGAAAGCUCUGCAUUUUCUGCUGAUGGCAUUUGAAUGUGCAAGCAAGAGAGAAAGUGUCUUGAAGUGUCAGAGGAAUGGAUUUGUUUUUGUGCUUAACCAAAAUGACCCCCCCCACUGCAACAAUUCACUGCAAAGCAAGGAGCAGAAAGGGGGACUGUGUUGACCCACUUUGCACUGUAUGCGCUGAAAAGGCUCCUUUUCUGUCCUGUGAUGAUGAGGGGUUUUUUUUUUUUUUGUUUUUUUUUUUUCUUUGCAGGUAUCGGCAUUGCACAUAACUGAUUACGGUCCUCUUCUUGCUGCACACUUUGGCAAAUGUGGUAUGAGUACAACAUGAUGUCACUGAUACAUUAUGGGAGAUGUAUAAAAUUCUCCCCUUCCUUCACUUGGUGUGGUUUUGUGCAAUGCUAAGUGUCCAUGGAGUCCACUGUUAGCAGAUUUAGCCUUUUGAAAGACAUUAGAGACACACUGAGCAAUGUCUUGGAAAGCAGUGCAAUUAGAAAAAUCUUUGUUUUUGACUAAAGAGUUGAAUUAUGUUUACAAGUUUUGGCAUUUUAGUAUUAGAAUUAUGAAAAAAUGUUAAUGGUUGCAGCCAUAUUGUGAAAACAAAUGGGGUACACAACUGUGUUUACAUGUGCACUCUGAUUUAAAUAGAACUGAUGUACUUUUUCUGUGAAAUGUUGCUACACAUGGUGGGUUUACCUCCAGCAGUCUUGUAUGUGCACAUUUUUAAUUUCUGCAGGACAGACUUGUAAUUAAUAAAAUUUGUCAUUAUGGGUUCUGCAAUGAAAUGCAUUCCACCCAUCCAGGAUCAUUAUUUUUUAAGCAUCAUUUAGUGAGUGGAACAGUUAGGGUAUGCAGGCACAUUUUAAGAGAUUCUGUUGUCAGGAAGGGUAGAUGUAUAUUCAGAGAGUGAGUGAAGCUGAUGUCUUGGUGACUGGGGGGGAACGGGUACAGUUUUUAGAGCUCUCGUGAACAUCUGCAGUUAGCUUGCAUGUCAAAAUGUCACUGCAUUCUGCAUGCAAAGAUGAACUACUCGAAUGUAUUCAAUUCGACAGCUUUUUAUUUUAUUUUUGAUAUUUAAAUGCAUUUUAUGUGGUCUGAAGUUCACUAAGGCAUAUCUUUUUUUUGCCUCUGUGUGUGUUAAUGAAAUACUUUUUAACCACAGUGCUGUAGCCUGCUUUUUAGACUUUUUAGAAAUAAUGUAGAAUGUUCUACCUGUAAGAGAUGAUUAUACAGCAUUUAAGAACAGGAAGCGAUGUAAAGUGGUUCCCUCUGUCCGGUAGCAUGGAAGCCAAAGCCUGGUUUGGUCCUUGUGCUGCUGUGGAUGCUGGGUCACUGGUCAGUGUGAAUAUAUUGUAAAGAAUGCUUCUCUGUCUCCUUGGUGAGAAAGCUGUGUGUGUUUGUU